UACCGCUAUCGUAUUCGAACAUAGUACUACUAUUUUUAUGUACACUGUGUCAGACUAACAUACUAACCAGAACAUAUGCAAUACGCGAUCAUACCGUGAAGCACAUUUAUUUAUCAUCAUACCUCAUAGCAUUCAUUUACAAAUAGAAAAUCAAAACAAAACAAAAACUAAAUGCAAAGAGAAGACAGUAUAGUCAGUUGAGUGUGAAUCAGAUGAGAUGAUUAAUAAAAAUAAAUAAAAAAAUAUUAAAAAUAAGUGUGUUUAGAAACAGCUGAUAUUUUAUUUAUCAAUCAAUUUUAAUAACUAUAUAGCGCAUCAUAGAUUUAUAUGCAGUUUGUAAACAUUAAAUUGGGUAAAUAAACUUUACUUUUAUAUCCUCCCAAAAAAAAACUUUCCUUAAAAAAAAAAAGAAAUGUGUUUUUAUGCUUAAAUUAGUGUGAAAUAUAUAAACAUUAAAAAUUUUUAAGUGUGUUUUUAAUUAUUGAGAAUUGUUUUAAAUAAAAAGAGUUUUGACAAUGACAUCAAUUAAAUCGGAAUAUUCGAUGGAAAAUUCGACGAAAAUUGAUGUUGAAAAAAAUGAUGUUACAACAUUACAAAGGAUUAAACCGAAAUUACAAUUAUCACAUUUACCACAACGACCACCGGUUAAUAUUGAAUUUCAAGAUAUUUCCUAUACGGUUCCUCAAGGACGAAAAGGAACGAAAUUAAUUUUAAGAAAUAUAAGUGGUCAAUUUCGUUCAGGGCAACUGACAGCAAUAUUGGGUCCAUCAGGAGCUGGCAAAAGUACAUUAUUAAAUUUAUUAGCUGGAUAUAAAUGUCGAGAUGUAACGGGUUCAAUAUUAAUUAAUGGAAUACCAAGAAAUCUACGACAAUUCCGAAAAUUAUCACGAUAUAUAAUGCAAGAGGAUUUAUUACAACCUUUACUAACUGUACAUGAAAUGAUGUUGGUUGCAGCGAAUUUAAAAUUGGGUACAGAAUUAUCAAAAGCCAAUAAAUUAAUUGCAAUUGACGAAAUCCUAAAUAUGUUACGACUGUCUAAAGCUAAAAAUACAACAACCGACAGAUUAUCUGGUGGUGAACGAAAACGAUUAUCAAUUGCUUUGGAAUUAUUAAAUAACCCACCUGUUAUAUUUUUGGACGAACCGACAACGGGUUUGGAUGAUUUAUCGAGUUCACAAUGUAUAGCAUUAUUAAAAUUAUUAGCUCAAGGUGGGCGAACUGUAAUAUGCUCAAUACACACACCUAGUGCGAAAUUAUUCGAAAUGUUUGAUAAUGUCUAUGUGGUUGCAAACGGUCUUUGUGUAUUCCAAGGACUUGGUAAAUACAUAGUUCCAUUUAUGUCAAAUGUUGGCUUGGAAUGUCCAUUACAUUAUAAUCCAGCUGACUUUAUAAUUGAAGUUGCAAGUGGUGAAUAUGGUGAUUUUAUAGAGAGGAUGGUACAAGAAGUGGAUAAUGGACGAUGUAUUCGAUGGCGACCUGAUAAAAAGAUAAUAGAUAAUAAUGGUAUAAAUGGUUAUCAUACGACAAAACUAAGUGAUCCUGAUGAUAUUAUGUAUGCACCAUUGCCAGUUGAGGAUAUCAAAAAUCAUACUUAUAAAUAUCACACAACCAGUUAUAAUCAAUUUCAAAUAUUACUUAAUCGAAUGUUAUUACAGACUUGGCGAGAUUCAAAUUACUUAAUGUUAAAAUUUGGAAUGUAUAUGUUUGUUGCACUUAUUAUUGGUAGUUUAUUUUGGCAAAUGGGUAAUGAUGGCUCAAAAACCUUGUUUAAUUUUGGAUUUUGUUUUACUUGUAUUAUUGUUUUCCUUUAUGUUCCAUUACUACCAAUAUUAUUGCACUUUCCAACUGAAGUACAAUUAUUAAAACGAGAACACUUUAAUAAAUGGUAUGGAUUAAAUGCGUACUUUUGUGCAAUGACUGUUGCACAAUUACCAUCUCAAUUAAUAUUAGGAUCAAUAUAUAUUGUCUUGGUGUACUUUUUAACGAAUCAACCAUUUGAAUGGGAUCGUUUACUUAUGUUUUAUUCAAUAUGUAUUAUGAUUGCAUUAAUAUCGGAAAGUUUUGGAUUAGUCAUUUCAUCUCAAUUAAAUAUUUUGAAUGGAAUGUUUGUGGGACCAGCUUCAUCAGUACCAUUAAUGUUAUUAGCUGUAUAUGGUUUAGGAACGGGAAGUCAAAAUAUACCAAUACUGAUACGUCUUGGAAUGUCACUAAGUUUUCUACGUUAUGGUUUAGAAGGUAUAGUUAUAGCAAUAUAUGGUGGUGAUCGACCAAAUUUACCAUGUCCGUUAGAAGAAGAAUAUUGCCAAUAUCGUAAUCCAAAACAAUUAAUCGAAUUAAUUGGCAUGGAGAAGGCAGUAUUUUGGUUUGACUUUAUUAUAUUAGUAUUUUGUUUUAUUACGUUUAGAGUUGCCAGUUUAUAUUUAUUACGACAAAGAUUGUCACCAAAUAAAACAUUCCAAAUGUUAAAUUAUAUUGGACGAAUAGUUAAAUCUCAUUUUAGUUUAUCAAGAUAAGUUUAUUAGUUACGAAUUUUAAACAGGGUUUUAUUAUGUGUUAAAUAAACGUUGGAUACAAAAUCUUUUGUUUUAUAUAUUUACAAAUUCAUUCAUUAUAUAAAUAUUAUAUAAAUGAUCUAAAAAUUGCCUUCAAAUUCACUUUAAUUAACUUGUGCCACCGUUUAGCAUACACUGUGUUAUUGUAUUAUAGAUAAAUAAAAAUAAUUGUUUACAUUUUUUAUAAAAAUAGUCCAUGAAAGGAGCAAAAGGUUAGAAUUUCUUAAAAUAACAAAAAUUAACGAAUAUAAAUCAUUUUGAACUGAUAAAAAAGCAUUGACGUUAGAGUAAUAUAGACUGAGUGUCAAACGAUUUUCAUUUUAAGCAUACCAACAUCUGAGGUAAUUGCUUAGGUCAAACCAUUGUAGAUUCAUAAGAAAAAAAGUGAUACGUGAUAAGUAUUUUUGAUAAGAAUUCCUUAAUUAGCCGAUUUUUAAGGUAUAAAUAAGUUAAUGUAUCCAAACAGAAAAGCGCUGGACUCAGAUGUAUGAGCGUAUCGAUGGUCAGGUAAAGAAUGGCCAGACAUGGACUAAUCAUAAGUUAGGUUGGUUAAAAGUGUGUUUUCUACCAAAAUACCGAUGAAUUUCAUUUUUGCGCCCUGGGUAAAAUUGAUUAUAUGAAUUUAAAACCUAUAUUAUGUAGCUAUGCAUGAGCAUUGUUGCAGACUUGCGAAUGUCAUGGAUUUUGAGUAGACUUCUCGCUAUAUAAAAUUAAAAUUUUAAGAAAUUCUAACUAAUAAGAAACUGGAGUUUGUUAUAGAAACUUUGUUAAAUAUAAUAAAAAUAAUUUAAAGCUGUGAAAUUGCAAGUACAUAAAGUACCUUAAUCAAUAAUAAAUAGAUCUGACUUCAAAAAAUUUUCUAUUUACAAAACUUGAAAGAAUCAUAUUUUGAAUUUUGGUGAUAUCUUGCCUUGUUAAAUUAUAUAACUUAACCUAAAUAAUUAAUUAUUUAAGAUAUUUUAUUUUUUUAUUGUGAUGUUAAAAAUAGUUUUUAAUUAAACAUCUAUUAUGUAUGAAGAAAUAAUUCUUUGUACCCAUUAGCCCCCGUUUCACGAACAUCAGUUACGAUUCAGUGUUACCAGCUUGAAUGCAUAUACAUCUAAUUUCUGUUUUUGUGUGUACAGAUUUAUCACAAACUUCUGUUAUUUUCAUGUCAAAUCUAAAAAUUUCAGCAACAUAUAUUUCAGCAAGCAAAAAUUUUGAUAGUGAAUAAAUUAAAAAUAGUAAAACAAUAUUAUUUUAUGUUGAUAGUUGGUAGUAAUGAUCAAUUUUAACUUUAAAGUUAGUGAAACUCCAUGCUAGUUUAUUGAAUACGGUUGCGUUCUUUAUUUUUAGCCCAUAAGGUUAAUAAGUACUACUAAGCUAAUAACCGGGUACCUAUUUUUUUCCUGCAGGUAUUUUUUUCUUGUUAGAAUAUGUUCAGGGGUAUUCCCCGAAUGUAAACCCAAGUUGACGUAGCGGGGGGAAGGAGUGUUUUCCAACAUGGCGGCUACUCGUGGGGGUUACCCAAUAACAUAUUCCAACAAGAAAAAAAUUUCUGCAGAACCUCCUUUUUGCUCUGGCUAUUAGGAUAUCCAUGUUUAACCCAAACGGUGUUUAAAUUAAACGUAAUCAUUAACGCCUACGCAAUUUCAUAUCAUAGACUCUAUUCACAAAAGCGUAGGUGAUUCAGUAAGCACUGUUUGGUGUGUGGAUAAGUGUAGCCAAAAAAGAACACAGCUCUUCAAACGAAUUUUUAUCUGAAAUCCAAUACCAAAAAAUAUUGUUAUUUAUUUAUAUAUAUAAUAU